CACUCUUCUGCAAACUUGUUUGUCUUCUUAUUAUAAUUGUAAAGUUGUUCUGAAGUAGCUGCGUUCUUCUCAUAGGAAUGGAACAACAAUGUACUCAUCUUUCUGUUGCGCCUUUAGAAAAUCUGCAACACCUUCAACCAGCUAGCUAAGCUUCAAAGUAUAAAGAGGAAAAAAACGAAGAAUGACAGAGCAUGUUGGAGGAGAUGAUAUGAGGAUUAAAGUUGAUACAUUGGCAACUGAACUGGAAAAGUUGAUUUCUGAUAAUGUGUCAAUGGCACCUCAACAUAGUCCCUGCAUCUUUAGAGUCCCAAACAUUUUAUCAAGGCAUAAACCAGAAGCUUAUGCACCCUAUGCAUUUUCAUUUGGGCCAUUCCACUACGCUAAAUCACAUCUACAAGCCACCCAGAAAAUCAAGCUCAGAUAUUUGCAUGAACUCACCUCCCGUUUUCCUGACCCCAAGGGGAAACUGAUGGAACUCACUGCAGUCAUUAUCGAGGUUCAAAAUGAGGCUCGGGAGUGCUACGAAGGAUCAAUCGACAUGAAUAUGGAUGAGUUUGUUAAAGUAUUAGUACUCGAUGGCUGCUUCCUCAUUGAACUGUUCUGCAAAUGUAUGUAUAUUAAUCUCAAUAAAAAAGAUGAUCCCAUCGUCGGGGCGAAUUGCAUGACCACAAUACUAUUCCAUGAUUUGAUUUUGCUGGAAAACCAAAUCCCUUGGCUGGUACUUGAGUGCUUGUUUGAGAUGUCCAUAACUCCUCAAAUAAACGUCUCUUUGAUUACCCUAGUCACUAAUUUCUUCCAUAACCUCGUCUCUAGAGAAGUAGAAUUAUUUUGUCAUGAGAUUCUAAGUCAUGAACACAAACAUAUUCUUGAUCUACUCAGAAACUCCUUGGUAUUGCCUUCUGCUAUAGCAAAACAGAAAAGAGAUAGUAAUAUGGAAUGCAAUAAUUGGCUACUGAUACCAUCAACUACAAGUCUGCAAGAGGCAGGAAUUAAGCUGAAGGCUGCAACAACAAGUCCAGUGUCUAGUAUUUUGGAUAUCAAAUUCAAGGAUGGUGUCCUUGAAAUUCCCCAAAUCAUUGUUCAGGAUUUGACAGAGCCACUGUUUCGAAAUCUUAUAUGCUUGGAGCAGUGUCUUCCUUGCUAUGGGGAAGUGAUAAGUUCUUACAUGGCAUUGUUGGACUACCUCAUUAAUACUCCCAAAGACAUGGAAGUAUUUAUAAAGAAUGAGAUCAUUGAAAACUUUGUGGAUAUUGAGGAUGCAACCAUAUUCUUCAACCAAAUCUUCAAUGAUGUUAAUGUGGAACAUUUCUAUUAUUUUGAUCUUGUCAAGGAGGUGAAUAAAUAUUAUCGACGUAGUUGGCCAAGAUACCGAAGAGUGCUUAUUCAUGACUAUUUCAAACACCCUUGGGCAGUUGUUUCGGUCUUAGCUGCAUCUAUUCUACUCAUUCUUACAUUUUUACAGACUUUAUUUGCCAUAAUCAAAUAGUAUAUAUACAUGAUAUGCGCAUCCUUGCCCAGGAACGUAGCAUUAGUUUAUCAUGUUUUUUGUUGAACUCGUUUAUCUUGAUUUGUAGUGGUUGAUUUCCAAUAUAUUGUACUAUUUGAUUGUGAUGUAUUAUUGUUCUAUAUUUAACUGGAUCCCUAUUAUACUUUGUGCUUUUA